UUGGCUGGUGUGUCAGGAAAGGGGUCCCAUCCCAUGGCCUCCUAUUCUGGGGAGCCGGGGCUCCUGUCCUGUGGGUCCUGUGACAUGGUUUUCCGCUCCGGGACGCUGUUGGCCACUCACACUCAGCGUUUCUGCAUUGGCCGUCUGACCCGAGAGUUUUCUUCACCCCACGCCCUGUCCUGUCGCCAGGUAGUGCCACAAGAACACCAGGGCCUCCCAGAUCGGGAGGCCAGCAAAUUGCCUCUUAAGAAGCUAACAGAAGAGGAAAUGCGACCUUGGAUAACAGAGGUCCCCAGGGGAUUAGAAGGGCCCCGAAGCCAGACCGAGGCGCAGACUGGGGGCCGCGCUCACGAAGCUGCUGGAAGCCCCAGCGAGCGGCUUCGGGCGCUGCAGGGGACUCACGCAAAGCGAGUGGCGGAGACGGAGUCACAGAACCGGGCCCUGAAGAGACGCAGUGAGGAACUGAGCCAACGCCUCCAAGGUUUGACCCAGACCCGGGGCGGAAUAUCACGCCUUUUCGGUCUGGAACGGGAGCUUCGAGAACUCCGGGCAGAAGCCGGGCGAACGCGGGGAGCUCUAGAAGUGCUAGGGGCGCAAGUUCAGCAGCUACAACCGGAGUCCGGGGCCCGGCUCAGCGCCUUGCGAGAGGCAGAACUCUGUUGUCCGGUGCUGCGGGCCAACCCAGGGACUCUGGCUGCCGAGAUCGGGGCCCUGCGAGAGGCCUACGUUCGAGGCGGGGGCCGGAACCCCGGCGUUCUGGGCCAGAUCUGUCAGUUGCAGGCGGAGGCAUCAGCACUGGAGCUGCGGCGGUUGCGGACCCGCAGAGGAAAGGGGGCAGGCGCCGCCCUGGAGGAGCUUCUAGUAGUGGAAACCGAAAACCGGCGCUUGGAGGCAGAAGUCCUGGCCUUACAGAUGCAGAGGGGUGCAGGCCCUGCGUCCUGGGGGCCUACGGAGCCUCGAACUUUGGUGAAUCCCGGCCCAUGCCUGAGAAGGAGGGAAGAUCCCCCGCGCCUCCCGCCGCCGGUGGCUCCUCCCCUGCCGCCCCUUCCACACUCCACAGGCAUCCUAUUGAGUGGCACAGAAGAGGCCCUGCAGGUUCCUGGAACCAUGACCAAGAACCUAGGUCUGGAUCCAUACUUCGUUCUGCCGGCCUCUGACGUUCUGGGCCCUGCACCCUAUGACCCUGGGGCUGGGCUGGUCAUUUUCUAUGACUUCCUUCGGGGCCUUGAGGCCUCGUGGAUUUGGGUGCAACUAACGACUGGCUUGACCCGAGAUGGACAGGGCACAGGAGCAGCCACGGCAUUGCCCCCAGCCCUUUGCUUGCCUCCACCUCCAGCUCCUGGGCCCAUGGGCAAUUGUGCCAUCCUUGCCAGCAGGCAGCCUGUACCCAGGCUGCCACCUUCAGCAUCAGUAUCCCUGGUCUGUGAGCUACAGGCCUGGCAGGGGCUGGCAUGGACUAGGGAACCACAGCCAAAGGCUUGGGCCUCACUAGUGCUAUUUGACCGGAAGCAAAGGGUGUUAAGUGGCCGUUGGCGUCUUCCACUUCGGGCCCUUCCCGUGGACCCUAGCCUUAGCCUUGGGCAGCUGAAUGGGAUUCCCCAGGUAGGUCAGGCUGAGCUCUUUCUGCGACUGGUUAACGCAAGAGACGCAAGUGUCCAGACACUGGCAGAGAUCAAUCCCGCGAGUGCCCAGGAGUACCAGUACCCACCUCCGAUGUCCAGCUCACCUUCACUGGAAGCAAGCUUCCUUGCCCCAAAAGCUGGCUUUGUUGACCCCCCUCCUCCUGAAGAGCCCCCUCAGCAGCAGAGUCAAGGAUAGAUGGUUUGGGCCCUCAUCACGGUUCUUUCUGACCGCC